ACACCAAAACGCAAAUUAAAGCCGGCGUUUUCAAACCGGUAUAACUAUCCAGUGAUGUUUAAUUUUAAGAUAUGACUCAAAUGGAAUCUUCCGUAACUCCUCCCCGGUUUGUUUGUGAUCUUUACGAGAAUUCUCCCAACCCGCGUUACUGGACGUAUUAAUUCUUUUGUCUUCGAUCAAACAAAGAUUGCAUUAAUGAGGUCCGACAAUCUACAUUUUGUGGCUUAAAUUAAAAUAAAAAACAGUUGUCAUAACAUAAAAAAGCAAUCAUGGGGCGCUUUCGAUGGACUAAGGGUCUAAACAUUCUAUGUUUUGUUUUCCUAUGGCUUAUGCCAUUAGCGUUUCUUCUUUUUGUUCGGCCAGUUAUGUUUAACUAUCACCAGUCGGUGUCUUCGGAGAAAAAGAUUAGGCAAGAUCCGGUAAUUUCAACAUCAGAAUCCUCUGACAUCAACACGGUGUUAUUGACAGCGGAAGAUUUGAAAAACGCCCUCGUUAAAUCCGACGGUUUUCUUGCAACAACGAGAAAAAACCGAGGUAAAACCACGGGCUCCGCGGCUUGUGUGGUGGAUCCUGGGAUCACAGAAUGCGGAAAUGCUGGCUUUGCAGCAUUUCUUCUUUACACUUUGGAUCACAUCUUGUUUUGUCGUGCUUUAGGAAUUAACCGACCAACUGUGUUUUGGAGGGCUUGUAAUUCAGCUUGUUCGAGGGAUCCAAGAGUGAAUUCGUGGGACUGGUACUUUGAACCUGUUAAUCACGGCGCAGAGCGGGAAGUCGAAAAUGUUUUCUGUAUUUUGAGGCCAGACGGUGCUCCUGUGGAUGUAAGGACAACAAUAGACAACAGUUUUAAAAAUCGAACCGGUAUUGAGGGAUUCGAGCUUGGCGGAAUAAUAACUACACAGGAAAGAUUGAGAGUUAACAAACUAAUUCAUCAGUACGUUGAGCCUAAUUCGAGAAUAAAGGAGAAAGUAGAGAUGUUUUACCAGCAAUAUCUGGCAGGGUUCACGGUUUUAGGAGUUCACGUUAGAGGAACAGAUCACUGGAUGGAAACAAGUGAGAAAAGGCUGCCAUCUUUGAUGAAUUGGGUUAAGAAAGCUCAGUCAAUUCUGGAGACGUUGUCGCGACCAAGGAAGAUUUUCAUUGCAAGUGACAACCAUGAAGUUAUAAAGGAAUUUGUUAGCUAUUUUGGAGAAGAAUUGGUGAGUGUCACUUUCAAUUGUCUUGGUUGUGAUGCGAAAUUAACGAAUUUUUUGAAUUUUGUCCAGAUUGUUUUCACGGAGGCAGACAGAGCGAUCAGAUACAACGAUCAAAUUCCUCCACAUCAUCAUGAGUUUAAAUUUGAGCGCAAUGCCGCUGACCCGUAUGAGCGAGAAAUUGGUACUCAAGUGUUGAUGGAUAUUCUGCUAUUAGCCAAGUGUGAUCAGUUCUUACACACCGAGUCCAGCGUAGCCUCUCUUGCCAGCUACUUCAACCGACAUAUGACCAGCCACUUUUUGCAGAAUGAAGAAACCGAGGUUUGUUUGAAUCACUAAAUUAUAAUAAUAUACUUACUUUGAUUGAUACUAUAAAAAUUCUUUUGGUCUGUUAGAUUGCGGGCAGUCUGUGUUUCCCUCGAAAUCAGAGGGAGAUUAUGACAAGACAUUUCAGUCUAAAAGGGAAUGGGACGAGAAAUGAGGGACGAGUGGCAUUUAGGAGCAUUCUCGUUCCCAAGGCUCCGCCGGCUAAGAAAAGUGAAUAGGACUAUGGGGACGAGAAUGACUCAGGAAAAGAUUUUUUCAUCUCGCCCCAACUUUUUUUCGUACAUGCAGCCCUUUUGCGUCCUUGCAUGUUCACAGAUAACAUUCGUCUGACUCUAAGAGGAAUAACCGGCUGCCAGGAGUCUUUUGCCAUGCCAUUUCUAAGCAGUAAGAAUUCAUUACCAAUUCUCCGUAUCGUAUCU